AUGGGGAAAGAGGAGUGCAAAACAAUGCUGGACGCUUUGAACAAAGUGACAGCCUGCUACAGGCAUUUGGUGAUCGCACUAGGAAGCACUUCUGACUCGCAGAACCUGCGCGAGGAGCUGAAGCGGACCCGCAAAAAGGCCCAGGAGCUGGCUGUGGCCAACAGGACUAAACUGACCUCUCUGCUGAAAGACAAGAGCAUCAGCAAAGAGGAUCGGGCAGAGUAUGAGCGACUAUGGGUGUUGUUCUCGAGCAGCAUGGAGCUCCUGGAAGUGGACAUGAAACGCUCCUUGGAGAUAGGGCAGGAUUUUCCCCUCAAGGUACCCACGAGACACCUCAUCCAGACCGGGAUGACCGGCAGCACCACUGCCGUGGCGUCCCGGGCCAUGAGCGUGCAGAAUAUGAAGUACGAGGCGGACAGCAACAUCGACACGGCCGACCUGCGAGACCUGCAGACCGAGAUCACCCAGGUGAGCCACAUGAUGGAGGAGAUGGAGAUGAAGGUGCAGGUGGCGCCGUGGGCCGUGGAAGCGAAGCAGGAGGCGGGCGCGGAGCUAAAGUCCAACAUGAGCGUAGGAAAUUCCUCCGUGGGUGUUAUCUCAAUCUGCGAAGAGGAGCCAAAGGAUGAGGAAGCAGGUGGAGGCAGGGACACUGGAUUUGCGUCGAUCUGCGCCGUGUUCGUGUUCCUUGUAAUCGUGGGGGUUGCUGUAGUUUUAGGAUAUCUGGUCAUCAACAUGUCCUGA